UCACCCUGAAAUCAGUCCGUCAAAAACAACAACAACAACACGUGUGAGGAUGUUCUCGGCCCUGAGGGAUAAAGUGGGUCAGGUUCUGGUUCCGGGAGAUGAGUUCUGCUGUGAGACGGACGGGACCAUCUCUCUAACGGAGCCCGUCAGACCGGACAAGGUGCUGUGUGGUCCCGGUCUGAGGCGGAGCGGGGACCGGCUGCUGGUCUGUAAGAGCGGCGUCCUGAGGCACAAACAGCCCAACAUGUUCUGGAUGGACUCCCAGCAGAGGAGGUAUGUCCCCGCUAAGGGAGAGACCGUCAUCGGCAUCGUCACGACCAAAUCAGGAGACGUCUUCAAGGUGGACUUUGGAGGAAGUGAGCAGGCGUCUCUGUCCUACCUGGCGUUUGAGGGAGCGACCAAGAGGAACCGACCCAACGUUCAGGUGGGGGACCUGGUGUUCUCCCAGUUCGUGGUAGCCAAUCAGGACAUGGAGCCGGAGCUGGUGUGUGUGGACAGCUGUGGACGAGCCAAUGGGAUGGGGGUGUUUGGCGGCGGCGGUCUGGUCUUCAGCGUGUCUCUGGGACUCGUCAGAAGGCUACUGGCCCCCCACAGUGAGCUCCUGUCAGACCUGCAGCAGCUCUUCCCCUGUGAGCUGGUGGUCGGGAUGAACGGCCGUCUGUGGGUCAAGUCCUCCCGAGUCCAGCAGACCCUCAUCAUCGCCAACCUGCUGCAGAGCGCCGAGACCAUGACGGGCCCCCAGAGACAGGCGCUGUUCAGGAGGGCCGCACAGGGGGCGCUGUAGACCACAUAAGACUACAGGGGGCGCUGUAGACCACCUCAUAUUCAGAGACUAGAGUCACAGACUAGGAGACACAUUCAGACUAGAGUCAGAGACUAAACAUUCCCAGACUUUUUCUACAUAAACAUUUAUUUUCAAAUAGUUUAAGAAAAAAAUGAUUUUUUUACAACUUUUUUCCUAGACUUUGUGUCAGUCUCCUAGUCCCUGACUUUGUGUCCUCGUCUCUGACUCUGACAUGGUCUCAGAGUUCCUGAUCUUGUCUGUACUUGUGAUGUGAGCUGGUUGGACCACAGAACUUUUCGACUUUGUGUCGGUCCAUCUCAGAUGAUCCUGGUCUCCUAGUCCCUGCUUCUAGUCUCAGAAUGUCUCCUAGUCCCUAACUCUAGUCUCAGAAUGUCUCCUAGUCCCUGCUUCUAGUCUCAGAAUGUCUCCUAGUCCCUGCUUCUAGUCUCGGAAUGUCUCCUAGUCCCUAACUCUCGUCUCUGUAUGUGAAUGCAGACUCGUCCGGGCCCAGAGAAGUGGGCGGCGUUGUCUUUUGUUGCUCUUGUUCCUUUUUGGAACUUUUUGUUUUUACAAAUUAAUAAAGAUUUUAUUUACAAAACUCCAUGAAGUUGAUAAAGUAAAA